CCUUAACCUUGGGAGCAGAGUGUGAGUGAAUGAGGGAGGGGAUGGUCACACGUGUUCAAACAGGGACAGCUCAGAACUCAGUCUCACGGUCAUUCUUGUCUUCCUCAAUCAACUCCAUUUCUACUUACUCUCAUUCUCUUUGUUCCAAAUUCCGACAGCAAACAAGUCAACAACAACAACAUCGUCUUCAUCCAUUUCACCAGAUAUUAUUUACUCUCAUGAAAGACGCAACUAUGUUUCCCUCUCCACGCAACUCAAUCAUGCCUCUCACUAACUAAAAAACACUAUCAUACUCCUCCACCAAAACCAUGUCGGACAAUCUCCACGGUUCCGAAAUCUCGCCCAGCACCUCCUCCACAAGUCUCGGCGAGUUACCGGAAAUCGCCGCGAUACGGCUCGGGAUCGAUCUCGUGUCGGCGGCCAGGCGAAAUAUCGCCUUCUUGACGACCGUGGCCGAUUCGGUAUGGCUUCACCACACGUCCAUUAUGGUGGAGGCCAUAAGAAGGUACCAUGAUUUCUGGAUGCCGUUGAUUGCUGAUCUCACGCUUCCGGACUCUCCUCCUCCCGUAAUUCUUCCUGCGCUUGACGUCCAAUGGGUUUGGUUCUGUCACACUUUAAACCCCGUGAGUUACAGGGAGUACUGCGAGACGAGAUUCUCGAAGCUGAUAGGGAGGGCGGGAAUUUUCGACGAAGAGAACCGAGAGUACGCGUUGAUGCGAUGCAUUGAGAUUUGGAGCAGCAGAUACCCGUUGGAGUCGUUUGAGAACGAGGCGAGUUCGGAUUCGCAGGAUUCGGGUGGCGAGGUUGUUGGGGGGAGUUUGAAGGAGGGUGUGUUUAAGGAAGUUGAGAAGCAGAGGUUGUUGUUGUGCUCCAUGUUCGUUGAGCCGUACAGGUCUGAGGUUGUGUACUUGAUUGCCGCCAGACAGCGAUACAGGGCUUUCUUGUUUAUGCUGCAGAGGUUCGCGCAUGAGUUUUCUUCGCGUUUUGUUCCUGCUUCGGACAUCCUCUUAAUGUGGCUGACCCACCAGAGCUACCCAACAGUGUAUUUUGAUGAUUUGAAAGCAUUAGCCGUAGAAAAUGAUCUGCGGAAGGUGGUAACUUUGUCUGAAACCCCGAAGGAAAAGGAUUUUGAAGAAACCAAGAAAUUGUGGGAUAGGGCAUUCAAUCAACCUUAUGAGAAAGCAGGUGGGGAGCUGCCUUUCACAUUGGAAGGUGUUACCUCAAUUAAAUCCCCUGUCUAUUGGGAAGAAUCAAGCACAGAUGUCAAUACAAAAUACAGAUCCAUGCUUCCAAGAUUUUUACUUGAGGCCUGUGUGUUCGUGAGACUUAAGCAGAGAAUAAAAACAUUGCAGAAGGAUAUAAACCGUGAUUUCCUACGCCUCAGAAUAACAAGGUGUCAUAGUGAACUAAAGCUAGAUAAAGCCUUCUCCAAUUUCACCGAUGAUUCAUGGAAAAAAGCUUGGCACUUUUACUGUGAAUUUGGAACCAAGGGAGUUAUGCUUGAGUUUCGUCGUCAUGGUGGUAAAUGUCUGAGAGGAAGUAGCCUGCUGGACACGGUUUCAUUCGGCUGGAAUGAUUUAUUGAGAGCAGAUUCUUUAACUUUGGAAAAGGAAAUUAGUCAACAGGUGAAUGUUUUUACAUCAAUAACUCCACCAGUUCAAGCACCGUACUUGUUGAAAUGUGUACCUGAUCGAGUCACUGACGAUGCUGGGUCAAUGAUAUCUGAUGUCAUUCUGAAAAUGAGUAGUUAUCGUCCACAGGAAGGGCGAUGGUUGUCUCGCACGGUUCUUGAUCAUGCAGGGAGAGUGUGUUUUGUUGUUAGAAUUAGGGUAGCAGGAGGAUUUUGGAGAAGAGGGAUCGAAACUCCUUCAGCUGUUAAAUGGGAAGAUAGGAUUAUAGAGAUACGUGAGGGCUCUUGGUCUUAUGUUGCUGGUCCCAUUGGUAGAGCCCCUGAGAAGGUGGUGGCCACUGCAACGCCAAAGGAACCUACUGAACAAUGUAAAGCUGCAUGGAAGUUUUCAACUGGAGAUGAGCUAACAAUACAAUGGGAGUCAUCACAAUCAGUGUCAGGUCUCACCUUUUGUUUGCUAAAUCAAACCUCUCCAGAGUCAUCGGUGCAGUUAUUGAGAGGGAGGCAAAUGCAAUAUGAAGUAAAGAAAACAAAGUCAAAGAGAAAAGGUGAAGACAUGAGAAUAGAGUUAGAGGGGAAAGAGAUUGAGGAAGAGGAAGAGGAGGAUUAUUUUGUAACAGUAGUGCGUUUGACAGAAGAAAACCAAGAUGGAAAAGCAACUGCACUUCUAAAUUGGAGGCUAUUGGUUGUUGAAGUAUCGCCCGAAGAAGAUGCAGUGCUGAUGCUUCUCCUUUGCAUUUCAAUACUGAGAAGUGUAUCAGAAAUGAAGAAACAAGACGUGGGAGGGUUGUUGGUGAGAAGAAGAUUAAAGGAAGCAAGGUUUGGAAGUAGAGAUUGGGGUUCUGUGAUACUUCAUCCAUGUUCAUGGUCCUCAUCCAUUGAUUCAACUUAUCUUCAACCUUGGCAUUGGCAUGCUGGGGUUGUCAUGAAAUCUGAUGCAGUAGAUCAGCUAAAGAGGUAUCCAACGUUACGUCAGUCACCAGUGGAAGGUACUGACAUGUUGUACAAACAAAGCAUUCUAAGUUAAUCCUGUCUUCAAUUCUAGCAAAUACUAUCUAUUACUAUCAUUGUUUCCAAAAUUUUAGCUUGCUUCAAGUUCACAUUUUUAUUGGAAUUCAAAACCCUGAGCCCCAAAAAUUUGUUGGAGGAUAACAAUUUAUAUAAAUAUUGUAAAACCAGUUCAAUAAAUUGGUUUGUUUGUGGCUUGUGAGUA